CCGCUCCUAUUCUGCUUUCCCCACUGUGCAUCCAACGCUACCAGUCCUCACCAAAUCACCCCACCCGACAGCGCCGCCGCCGCAUCAAGCCCUAGCACCAGGAAUCCCACCUCAAGAAUCGCAAGAACCCCGUCGACUCGCCUCCGGCCGCCUCGAUGGGGUGCGGGCAGUCCAAGAUCGACCAGGAGGAGGCUGUGAGCCGGUGCCGGGACCGGAAGAGGCUGAUGGCGGACGCCGUGGUGGCGCGGAACGGCUUCGCCGCCGCCCACACUGGUUACACCGUGCGCCUCAAGAGCACCGGCGGCGCGCUAUCCGACUUCGCCCACGGCGAGGUGCCCGAUCCUAGCCUGGUAGCCUCCCAUUCCCACCACGCUGCGGCCGCCACCGCCGCGGCGGCGGCAUCCGUCUCCGCGCCACCUGGCCCCUCCGCCGCAUCCGUCAUCACAGCGCCGUCCCCGCCACCGCCGCCAUUUCCCGACUUCUCCCAUUCCAGCCUCCAACGGUCCUCCUCCACCCCCAACAUCCCUAUGCCGGACCAGAGGGCGACCACCAAGAACCGCCCUCCUGCUGAUGCUGCUAUCCGAGAGGAGGAUGAGGAUGAGCAGGAUGAUGAUGGGCAUAUCAGGUCAGAUAGUGACGAUGAUGAUGAAGAUGACAGUGAUGAUGAUGACGACGACGAUCACCAUGAGCAUGAUGAUGUUAGCGUGGACGGCAUGGUGCACGCACAGCCACUGAAGCGGAUCGUAAUGGACAGUGUGGGAUCUUCUCCAGUGACACCGCCUCCACCCCCACAGCUAAACCAAACCCCACCAACGCCUGCCACCACAACCCCACCGCCUCCAGUGCCGGAGUCACAGAUGGCUACCUGGGAUUACUUUUUUGGCCCAACUCCCACACCCCCGCCCACCCUGGAGCAGCCUGCAGAUGAUACUUGGAUGGAAAGGCGUGACAAGGAGCCAGUGGCUGAGGUGAAGCCGCCUAUGGCAAAACCAGCUGUUAGUGAGCCAGCUGCUGCCGAGGAAAGGCCACCACAGACAGCUGCAGAGAAGGAGAAAGCAAUUGAGGAGAUGGUGGCUAACCUACCUCCAUCAAAACCUAUUGUUAGGAAGCCACCCAAAGCACCUGGCCCACCACCGACUGUACACUACCAGCAUGCCUCCUCAAUGGGUGCAGUUGAAACUCGGAAGGGGAAGAUGAUGGUUGCAUCAGGAACUGCCAGCUUGCUACAGAUUGUUUCUCAGCUUGAUGAUCACUUCCUUAGAGCUUCAGAGAGUGCACAUGAUGUGUCAAAAAAGCUGGAGGCCACCCGAAUGCAUUACCAUUCCAACCAUGCUGACAGCCGAGGUCAUAUUGAUCACUCUACAAAAAUUAUGAAUGUUAUCACGUGGAACCGCUCCUUCAAGAAUUUACCCGACCACGAUGACCUGCAUGAUAAUUUUGAGAUUGAUGAUAGAUUUGAAACUCAUGCUGCGGUUCUAGAUAGAAUGCUUGCUUGGGAGAAAAAACUGUAUGAUGAAGUGAAGGCUGGGGAACUUAUGAAAAUCGAUUAUCAGAAGAAGGUGACUCUAUUGCAGAAGCAAAAGAAACAGGGUGUUAAACUUGAAACCCUGGAGAAGACAAAAGCUGCCGUUAGCCACUUACACACAAGGUACAUCGUAGAUAUGCAGUCCAUGGAUUCAACGGUUUCAGAAAUAAAUCGGCUUCGGGAUAGACAGCUAUUCCCAAAGUUAGUGGAGCUUGUUGAUGGAAUGGCCAAAAUGUGGAGUGCUAUGCACCGUCAUCAUAGAAAUCAGUUCAUGAUCAUUUCAGGUAUCAGAGGUUUUGAGAUUCCUCCUGUUCCAAGAGAGACAACUGAUUUGCAUUACAACCAGACUUGCGAGCUACGGGACAUUGUUAGGGAGUGGUACAUGCAGUUUGAGAAAUUGAUGGACAAUCAGAAAGCGUACAUCAGAGCACUCAAUGCAUGGCUGAAGCUUAAUCUCAUCCCUAUCGAGGGCAACAUAAAGGAGAAGGUUUCGUCCCCUCCAAGGCUGGUAGAUCCACCUAUCAAGAACUUGCUGCAUGCCUGGCAUGAUGAACUCGAAAGGCUUCCAAUUGAGCUUGCAAAAACUGCCAUCAAAACCUUUGCUGAAGUCAUAAGCAACAUCGUACACCUUCAGGAGGAGGAAGUAAACCUAAGGAGGAGAUGUGAUGGAACUCGCAAGGAUCUGAGCCGAAAGAGGGCACAGUUUGACGACUGGCAUCAAAAGUACAUCGAAAGACAGGCAGCCAUAGGUGAGGAUGUGAACCCUGAAGCAGCUGAAGUUCAAAACGUAGAUCCUGUCGAGGACAGGAAACGUGCCAUCGAGGAAUUAGAGAUUAGGCUGACUGAGGAGGAAGGACACCACCUUAGGCACGCCAGGCAGGUGAGGGAGAAAUCACUUGCAAACCUCCGGACACACCUUCCAGAGCUCUUCAGGAACAUGGCUGAUUUUUCUUACUUUUGCCAUGACAUGUACAACAAUCUGAGAAAAGCUGCUGCCCCGCCCAAAGAUGAAAUCCAUGGCUGAUGCUGUAGGUUUGCAACUGUACUCAACCAGCGGUAGGGGAAAAAACUUUGGUUGUAGGUGUUUAUUAGUACCUUGGAAUCCGGAUGUCCGUAAUUUGUUGGAACGGGUUGUAGUCUUGUAGAGCUAGUCGGCAUUAAUCAUGUUUGUAAAUUGGAAUAGUUAUUUCCUGAGUGCCCAUUGUUCAUUGCCA